AAAGGAGCCUUUCCAAAUUGUAUACACUUAUAGAGGGAGAAAAUUUAAGUGUAGAAUUAUCAGUAAAGGAUGGUUUCAACUUGAGGUUACCUUAGGCUAAAGACUUCGGUAUAUACGUGGUGUUCACACAAUCACCCUGCCAUUUAAAAUUAAGGACUAUAUUUAGGACUGACUUGAGUAAAUUAUGGGUGCAUCAGCUGCUCCUGUUAUAGUAAUUACUUUAUUUUGGAUUGUUAUUGGUGGAGUAAUUCCUUGGUUUGUUCCUAAAAAUGAAAAUAAAGGAAUUAUUCAAACAAUGCAAUUUGUUGCUAUCUUUUGUGUUUUAUAUAUUUGGUUGUGCACUUACAUGAUGCAAAUGAACCCACUGUUUGGUCCAUUGAUUGACAACAAAACUCUUACCAUGAUCCAUGCCAGUAAAUGGUAGACCAUUUCAACAAAAUAGUGAAAAUGUCCAGAACAUCUUCACCAAGGUUAAAGUACCAAAUUCCCUCAGGUUUCUGUAAUGGUUUUUCUGUUAUAUUAUCAAAAAUGCAUUGAGUUUUUGGUGCCAUUUGGCAAGAUGUUCUUUUU